UUCUUCUAUAAAGUGCUAGUUCCGUUAGUUUUUUUAGAUGCCUCCGUUUUCUCCCAAAUGUUCCAUCUCUCAUCCUCCAGGGAUAUGCAUUUCUUGCUAUGCUGUCUUUCCUUUUCUUUUCUUUCAUUUCCUGUUACCCUCACAUCAGAGUCUCCCAGAACUACCAUACAUAGCUGCUAAGAUCAUCUUCAGAAAAUCAGAAAGUUGGUUUUAUUUCCCUCACUGCCAUGAGUAGUACCGGUAGUAAGAAAAAGUUCAAUCCUAUUCAUCUUGAAGAUGCUGCAAUGGACUUGUUAAACCAUGUGGUGAAGGUGAAGGAGAAGAUGGGUUUGAUUUCACUCCUCCUUCCUCUCAUAUUCAUUGCUUGGGCUAUUCACAGAUGGCUAUUUUCUUUCUCCAAUUGGCUUUCCCUUGCUCUUGCUCUGUGGGCAUCUAUGCAAUAUGGGAAGUAUCAGCGCAAACUGCUGGAGGAAGACUUGAAUAAGAAAUGGAAUCGAAUCCUACUCCAAACCUCGCCAGUGACACCAUUGGAACACUGCGACUGGUUGAAUCUGCUGUUGACACAAAUAUGGUCCAACUAUUUUAACCCCAAGUUCUCAAGAAGGUUAUCAGCCAUAGUUGAAAAACGUUUAAAGCUUCGAAAACCAAGAUUUAUAGAAAAAGUUGAGGUGCAAGAGUUUUCACUUGGAUCAUGCCCUCCAAGUUUGGGUCUUCAAGGGAUGCGAUGGUCAACCUCGGGUGAUCAGCGAGUCCUGAAAUUGAGUUUUGAUUGGGACACAAGCGAGAUGAGAAUUUUGAUGCUUGCUAAGCUUUCCGUUGGAACAGCCAGAAUUGUGAUUAACAAUCUUCAUAUAAAGGGUGAGCUUUUGGUGACUCCAAUUCUAGAUGGAAAGGCACUUUUGUAUUCAUUUUCGUCCACACCUGAGGUGAGAAUAGUAAUUGCCUUUGGAAGCGGAGCAAGCCAAUCAGCCACUGAGUUGCCUGGGGUUUCUCCAUGGCUGGAUAAACUUUUUACUGAUACGUUGGUUAAAACCAUGGUGGAACCUCGACGUCGUUGUUUCAGUUUGCCUGUGGUUAAUUUGGGGAAAACUGCUGUUGGAGGCGUUAUAUACGUGUCAGUGAUUUCAGCAGACAAACUUUCUUGGAGUUGUUUCAAGAGUAGCCGAUCUUUGAGGCAACAGAAUAGCACAAUCAAUGGAUGUUCAGAAAGCAACCUGGAUGACAAGGACCUACAGACAUUUGUAGAGGUAGAAGUGGAGGAAUUGACAAGGAGGACGGGUCUGAGUCAUGGUUCAAAUCCAACGUGGGAUACUACAUUUAAUAUGGUUUUACAUGAUAAUACAGGAAUUGUUCGCUUCAACCUUUAUGAGCGUCCUUCUAGCGGUGUAAAGUGUGACCACCUAGCAAGUUGUGAAAUCAAGAUGAGGCAUUGUGAAGAUGAUUCAACAAUAAUGUGGGCAAUAGGACCUGAUUCUAGUGCAAUAGCAAAACAUGCGAAGUUUUGUGGAGAUGAAGUUGAAAUGGUUGUCCCAUUUGAAGGUGCCAACUCAGCAGAGUUAAAGGUGAAGAUUGUAGUAAAAGAGUGGCAGUUUUCUGAUGGUUCACAUAGCUUGAACAACCUCCGUGCUAAUUCCCAGCGAUCACUUAUUGGAUCAUCAAGUCUUCUGUCAAAAACUGGAAGGAAACUUAAGAUAACAAUUGUGGAAGCAAAGGAUCUCGUUACGAAAGACAGAUCUGGAAAAGUUAGUCCAUACGUCAAAUUGCAAUAUGGAAAGGUUGGUAAGAGAACAAAGGUUGCUCCUCCUACUACUACAAAUCCUUCCUGGAAUGAAUCAUUUGAUUUUGAUGAGAAUGAUGGUGAUGAAUACCUAAAUGUAAAAUGCUUCAGUGAGGAAAUUUUUGGAGAUGAAAAUAUUGGUACUGCAAAUGUAAAUUUGGAAGGACUGGGGGACGGGUCAAUCAAGGAUGAAUGGAUCCCACUUGAAGGAGUGAGUUCUGGUGAAUUAAGACUUAAAAUUGAAGUAGUUAGGGUUGAGGACCAAGAAGGAUCAAGGAAUUCAGCCAAUGGUUGGAUAGAACUUGUUGUGAUUGAAGCAAGAGACCUUAUUGCUGCCGAUCUUCGAGGGACAAGUGAUCCUUAUGUGAGGGUGAACUAUGGGAACUUGAAGCGGAGGACAAAGGUUAUACACAAAACACUCAACCCUCGUUGGAACCAAACCUUAGAGUUCCUUGACGAUGGUAGUCCCCUGACACUGCAUGUUAGGGACCAUAAUGCUUUACUACCCACAUCAAGUAUAGGGGAAUGUGUUGUAGAAUAUCAAAGGUUACCUCCAAACCAGAUGUCUGACAAAUGGAUACCUCUCCAAGGGGUUAAAAGUGGCGAGAUACACAUCCAAAUUACCAGAAAAGUUCCAGAAAUGCAAACAAGAAGUUCCCUAGACUCUCAACCAUCUUCUUUAAGUAAAUCACACCAAAUUCCUACCCAGAUGAGAGAGAUGUUGAAAAAGUUUCGAUCAUUAAUAGAGGAUGGAAAUCUUGAAGGACUGACAUCAACUUUGAGCGAGUUAGAAAGUCUAGAGGAUACAAUGGAAGGGUACGUAGCACAGCUGGAGACCGAGCAAAUGCUUCUUCUCAGCAAAAUAAAUGAACUGGGUCAAGAGAUCCUCAAUUCUUCUUCUUCCCUCUCUAGCAGUCCUUCUCAAAAUGGAAAUUAAUUGAUCCUCGUAGCAUCAUCUCUCUAAGGUUAUCAUUAACAUUAGAUUCUUUUAUCAUUCUCUUGUAAUAUAUUGCUUAUGGGAAUCAUUACGUACAAACUCCGUACACAUUUAUCAAAGAAUUCUUGUGUAGUUCCCCGCUACACAGCAACGGUUCACAUGUGUAAUUGAUCAAGAAUUUGCAAUAAGUUUAUGUUCCUCUACAGUUUGUCAAAUUAUAAAACAUAAAUCCCUUUUCCUUC